AUGGAGAAGCACACACAUCUGAGCAGCCAGCUGGAUGGACAAGUGAGAGAAAAACUAAAGAAGCAAGUUGCUGAGAUGAGGGAGAGAUUCCCUGGCUUCAGACCAGGACUCGCAAUUCUGCAGGUUGGAAAUCGGGAUGAUUCAAACCUCUACAUUAAUAUGAAGCUGAAAGCUGCUGCCGAGAUUGGGAUCAGUGCUAAUCACAUAAAACUGCCAAACACAGCAACAGAAGCUGAGGUCCUCAAGUGCAUUGCCUCUUUGAAUGGAGACCCUGCUGUUCAUGGCUUUAUAGUGCAGCUUCCACUCGACUCUGAUAAACCUAUCAAUACGGAGAAAAUAACCAAUGCUGUUGCACCUGAGAAGGAUGUAGAUGGCUUAAGUAGCGUCAAUGCUGGGAAACUGUCCAGAGGGGACCUUGGAGACUGCUUUAUUCCCUGUACACCAAAAGGAUGCAUGGAACUUAUCAGGCAGACAGGCAUCCAAGUUGCAGGGAAAAGAGCUGUGGUGGUUGGCCGCAGUAAGAUUGUCGGUGCUCCCAUGCAUGACCUGCUGCUCUGGAAUCACGCAACAGUAACCACUUGCCAUUCAAAGACCUCGACGCUGGCUGAGGAGGUUGGUAAAGCUGAUAUCCUGGUGGUUGCAGCUGGUAAAGCUGAAAUGAUAAAAGGUGAAUGGAUCAAACCUGGUGCAAUCGUAAUUGACUGUGGAAUCAACCAUGUGCCAGACAGCACAAAGGCCAGUGGGAAAAGAGUUGUAGGAGAUGUGGCAUACAAUACAGCAAAGGAAAAAGCUUCCUACAUCACCCCUGUCCCUGGUGGUGUUGGGCCUAUGACUGUGGCCAUGUUAAUGCAGAGUACAGUGGAGAGCGCGCAACGUUUUCUGGGGAAGUUCCAGCCUGGAAAAUGGAACAUCCAAUAUAACCAUCUUACCCUAAAGAUGCCUGUUCCCAGUGAUAUUGAAAUAUCGCGAUCUUGCAUACCCAAGCCCAUUGAUCAAGUUGCAAAAGAAGUUGGCCUUCUCCCUGAUGAGGUGGAGCUCUAUGGCCAAACUAAAGCUAAGGUUCAUCUGUCGGCUCUCAGACGGCUGAAGGACCAGCCAGAUGGCAAAUACGUUGUUGUUACUGGAAUAACUCCUACUCCACUGGGAGAGGGGAAGAGCACCACUACCGUAGGUCUUGUUCAAGCCUUAGGAGCGCACCUGCACCGGAACGUCUUUGCCUGUGUUCGGCAACCUUCUCAGGGGCCAACCUUUGGUAUAAAAGGUGGAGCUGCAGGUGGUGGCUAUUCUCAGGUUAUCCCGAUGGAAGAGUUUAACCUUCACCUCACUGGUGACAUCCAUGCUAUCACUGCUGCGAACAACCUGGUUGCUGCUGCUGUUGAUGCACGUAUGUUCCAUGAGCUAAAUCAGACUGACCAGGCCCUCUAUAACCGGUUGGUGCCUCCUAUCAACGGCGUUAGGAAGUUCUCAGACAUUCAGAUCCGAAGACUACAGAAAUUGGGCAUCAACAAAACUGAUCCCACAGCUUUGACAGAGGAAGAGAUAAACUUAUUUGUGAGACUGGAUAUCGACCCAGCCACCAUAACAUGGCAAAGAGUGCUGGAUACAAAUGACAGGUUCCUUAGGAGAAUCACUAUUGGACAGUCUCCAACAGAAGAAGGAUUCUCACGAACGGCUCAGUUUGACAUCACAGUGACCAGUGAAAUCAUGGCAGUCUUAGCACUCACUGAUGGGUUGGAUGAUAUGAGACUGCGACUGGGAAGAAUGGUAGUAGCUUCCAGCAAGAGAGGAGAACCGGUUACAGCAGAUGACCUUGGAGUGACUGGUGCUCUGACUGUCUUGAUGAAAGAUGCCAUUAAGCCAAACCUCAUGCAGACCCUAGAGGGAACACCAGUGUUUGUUCAUGCUGGACCUUUUGCCAAUAUUGCACAUGGGAAUUCUUCAGUGUUGGCAGACAAAAUUGCACUGAAGCUUGUGGGAAAAGACGGUUUUGUUGUUACAGAAGCAGGAUUUGGUGCAGACAUUGGCAUGGAGAAAUUCUUCAACAUUAAGUGCCGUUACUCUGGUCUCCAGCCUCAUGUGGUGGUGUUGGUUGCCACUGUCCGAGCUCUGAAAAUGCAUGGUGGAGGGCCUGCAGUCACUGCUGGGGUACCUUUACCAAAGGAGUACGCAGAAGAGAAUCUUCAACUCUUGGCAAAAGGUUGUAGUAACCUAAGCAAGCAAAUCCAAAAUGCCCGGAUGUUUGGUGUCCCAGUAGUAGUGGCUGUGAAUGCUUUCAAAACAGAUACAAAGGCUGAGCUGGCCCUUGUAGUACAACUGGCAAAGGAAGCAGGAGCAUUCGAUGCUGUGGAAUGCACUCACUGGGCAGAGGGCGGUAAAGGAGCAGUUGCACUGGCCCAAGCUGUUGAGAGAGCAUCACAGGCUCCCAGCAACUUCAGGUUCCUCUAUAACGUGGAGCUCCCUGUUACAGAUAAGAUCAGACUUAUUGCACAGCAGAUCUAUGGGGCAAGUGACAUUGAGCUGUUUCCGGAAGCAGAGGAGAAAGUCACCUUGUACACUAAGCAGGGAUUUGGAAACUUGCCAAUCUGCAUGGCUAAAACUCACUUGUCGUUGUCUCAUGACCCUGAACAAAAAGGAGCGCCUACAGGUUUUAUUCUGCCAAUUCGAGACGUUCGAGCCAGUGUUGGUGCUGGAUUCCUGUAUCCACUGGUAGGAACGAUGAGCACUAUGCCAGGACUUCCUACGAGGCCCUGUUUCUUUGAUAUAGACUUGGACCCAGUGUCAGGAGAAGUCUAUGGGCUCUUCUGAAAAGAAUUAUUAACAAAAGCACCCAGAAGAACACCUGAUGAGUCAUGUAAAUGGAACUAAGCCCUGAUAUAUAUGUAUUUUUUUCUAAUCAAAACAAGAUAUGACUGAGAAGUACAAUGCAAGAAGUGAUUGAGAGGAGGAGUGCUAAAGAAUCAAGCACUUGUUUUUAAUCCAUAGUAAUUUUUAAGCUACUGUAUUACAAGCUAGUUGAUGAAAACUAAGUCUAAAGUCUACUUUCUGUAGAACCUUUCUGCUCCGCUUCAUAACUAUAGCUGAAAAAUUUAGUUUCAAUGAUGUCUUUCGAUGCAGUAAGAUGAUUUUAAUAAUGAAAAAUCCUAAAAUUGGAGUUGUUUGGAACAGUCUUGGGGCUUAAUUGUCUUAACUUACAGAGUUUUUGUGGCAUAAAUGUGUACUGUUUUUGGAAGUCUUGUACACUGUAUAUUUCUGUGUGCCAUACUGAAUUCUACGUUCUGUUUCUUGCACUCUGGGAGAACUCACGUUGUGCUGUGAGACUGCACCAGUUUCAGUUAAAGGUGGGGAACAAGGGAGAAUCCCUGCACUUCUCAUCUCUCUCCACAACUUUACACCCCUGGCUUCUGCUGUGAAUACUCCUGCAGACACCUGAGCCAUAUCAUAUUUCCGUUUUAGAAAGCCCAGCUGUGACUACCAUAUUGUAGUAUUAAUGGAAAUUGAACCUCGGGAUAUCAGAUUUUUAGAGGAUGGGUCUCUGGCCUGCAUCUGCAGCCGUGAAAUGGUGCUGAGAAAGAGAAGCUCGUACAAAGCUUUUGAACAGUUUUCUUACGCUCAGCAACAAGUACUGUUGUUACACUGUUGACAAGCCUUGCCUCCCAACCUACCUUUUUGGUGAACAGAGAGGGCAAGAGCAGUGAUAAAGUCACUUGUAAAAGAUGUCAUAGUAGGUCAAAAAUCAUUUUGUAUCGUGAACAUAUAAUUGCUGCCAAAUUGGUAACUAAUACAAAUAAAUCGGUAAAUCCUUCAA